GUUAAGAUGACAGAACAGUGAGAAAAAGUGUGGUAAUAGAAUGUAGACUCAUUAAUCAUUGUCUGUAUCUACGUACAUACAUUGAGUCAAGUAUAUUAACCUGUUGAAUGAAAUGUGCCAUAUAUGUUGGCCAAUAGUCUGUUGAACUUUUUAUGUGUGAAUAUUGAGAGGUUGUAGUGGGUGACCCCGGUUUUAUAGAACUUUUAUUACGAGAAGAAAGAAUUCAAAAACCGUUGAUACAGUAUGAAGAAGCGAUUGAGGUAAAUCAUCAUGAGUAGCAGCACCAGCGAGCAGCAGUACUCCUCGUCUUUCAGCGAGACGAAGAGCUACUACACCACAAGUAAGAACUGGCCACCAGACAAGUAUGGCGGCAGCGGAGACAGCGUCGCUGACUCGAUUGAAUCCUCUAGGGGAUUCAAGCCGUCAGAUGUCAACGAUCCCCACAAGAGGGAGUUUUUGACCAGUCUGACGCAGAAGGUCUUCAAAGUGGGAGUGGAUGAGAACACUCCACCGAGCAAGCCCAUUGAUCUGGAAAAAAUAUUCACACCAGCCGAGGGGGAACAAAUCAAACCCAAGAAGAAUAAAAAAUUGUUCGCUUCAUCAGCCUUCUACGAAAAGGGCUUCCAUCCCACAGUUGAGGACCAAGUGGAGUUAGCGAAGAGGAUUUCACAGUCGCUGAGUGACAUCAGUAACAAAAGUAGCAAGGGGCAGUCCAUGUUCGUUAAUAGAAAGAAGAGAUCUGUCAAGUGGGUACAUGAAGGCGAAGGAAAGGCAGAAGCCAAGGAGUCAGAAACUCGCUGCAGCGAUUCAAAGAAGGAUAUUCUUCAUCUAGUAAGGAACCCAUGUGGACAACUUCUGGACAUAAAUGUGGCCAGAAGACAAGGGCACAACUUCGAGCCAGCUCUCUCACCGCAGGUCUGCCAGAAGAUCGUGGAGGACCUGAACGCUCCUAAAGGAAAAGCUAUACAUCCGGAUGGAAAAUAAAACUGGCCGUGGUAUGUCCGACGGCACUGCUAGCAUGGCGCAAACUGUUAUUGCGCCCAUAAACCGGAAUGGCCGUUUUCGUAUAAACCGUCAAGUUACAGCUUCCGACAUGGACGCAGCAAAUACAAUACUGCACAGCAAAGCAACUUCUGACAAUACGAGGGUUUCACGCAUCGCAUCACGCACAGGGAGGAAGUACGUCCAGAGCAAAUUCGUACCUAAAUAAAAUUAGGUGCAGAAUUAUUUGCCAAGCGCCGGAAGAGAUCUGAAAAAUGGGUCGUUGGAAAUGACAACUCAGAGAAGGCUCCCACUCCCGCACCUGUUACACCACAACCUGAGCCUAAGUUAUCUCCAUUGCCACCGAUAAGUCCGCAACUAGACGAUUUGCGUCCUCGCCUGAAGAUGGUCAAGUCACCAUGGGAGGCGGUUUUGGAGACCGGAUCGGUGAAUUCAGCUUUCCAAGAAGAACCGACCUGGCACACGUCGAGUUUGUACAGCUCCCCUUCUCCUCAACCAUACUCUAAUGGAUACGGUUCCACUGGACCGAUAGGGUCUGUCCAGUCAUCAUCUUUGAAAAACCUCGAUUUCAAGAACUUUAACACAACUCCGAAGACUUGGGGAGAAGCUAAAACUAUCUAUAAGACAAUUAACAACAAAUAUUUGUCUUAUUCUGACUUGUAAGUUGUAUAUGAUAAUAAAAACCGUUUUGUGAUUGAUUCUAUUAGAAAACUACAUGAUUGUUGUAUAUGCCAUAAUAUAUUGAUAUUUGUUCUAUA